CGGGCCUAGCCGGGCGCGGAGCCUGAGCCUAGCGUGAGGCCGGUGGCCGGCGGGGCGCGAUGUGGCUGCUCCUGCGGGGCUUAGUGGCGCGGCGGGCCGCCCUGCGACUCAUCGGAGGCGCUUUCCGGAGCGGCGGCGGCGGCGGACCUCGCGCUGGGUGGCCCUUGUGGCGGCUGGGCGUGGGGCUGGGCCUGGCGGUGACCGCCGUAGCCCGGCCGGAGGGGGACAACGAGGAGCGGCCGCCCAGAGAAGCGGCCUUCCGGCGCGCCGUCGCCCGGAGCAGGGACCUCCUCCAGCGGCUAAAGGACCAAAUGGGGGUCCCCGGCGUGGUGGUCGGCGUGUCCGUGGACGGGAAAGAGGCCUGGUCGGAAGGUAUAGGUUACGCUGACCUGGAAAACCGUGUGCUCUGCAGUCCAGAGACUGUCCUACGAAUUGCCAGCAUUAGCAAAUCUCUGACCAUGGUUGCUGUUGCAAAGCUGUGGGAAGACGGGAAGCUGGAUUUAGAUGCUGCUGUGCAGAAAUAUGUUCCGGAAUUUCCUGAAAAAGAAUAUGAAGGUGAAAAGGUCACUAUUACCUCAAGGCUGCUUGUAUCACAUUUAAGCGGUAUUCGCCACUAUGAGAAGGAUAUUUCUAAAGUCAAAGAAGAAAAAGAAAAGGCCAACAGAAAAGCCACAAGGACUGCAGCUUCUGCUGCGAAAGAGAAAGAAGACAAAGACACUGAAAAGAGGGACUUGGCCAAAGGCAAGCCAGAACAGGAAGGCAAACAUGCGAAGAGUGGAAGGAAGAAAAGGGAGUUUGAGCACGAAGAGUAUUAUUUGAAGGACAAAUUUGAGCAUGUGAUUGACUCACUGAGCAUCUUUCAAAAUGAUCCUUUAUUCUUUAAACCAGGUAGCCAGUUUUUGUAUUCGACUCACGGGUUCACUCUCCUGAGCGCUGUGGUGGAGAGAGCUUCAGAUCAGAAGUUCACCGACUACAUGCUGAAGAUAUUUAGUGACUUGGACAUGGGAUCCACGGGGUUGGAUGAGAAUGAGCCUCUGAUAUACAACAGGGCAAGGUUUUAUAUUCACAACCAAAAAGGCCACCUUGUCAACGCCCCCUAUGUGGAUAACUCUUACAAGUGGGCUGGGGGUGGCUUCGUGUCCACCGUGGGUGACCUUCUCAAAUUUGGAAAUGCCAUGCUCUACAGUUACCAGCUUGGACAGGUGAAGGAUCCAGCGACUGAGCUUCUUCCUGGUUAUCUCAAGCCCGAGACGAUAGCAGCGAUGUGGACCCCAGUCCCAAGCACAAGAGUCUCCCAGGAGAGCGACUGGGCCUAUGGGAUGGCCUGGGCCAUUGUAGAGAAGAAACAGGAAUGCGGCCACUGCAAAGAGCAGCGACACUAUGCCUUCCACACCGGCGGGGCGGUGGGAGCAAGCAGCGUCCUGCUCAUCCUUCCAGAAGAAUUGAGCUCUGGGGCACCCAGCGGUAGCUGCCUGGCCCCACCCCGUGGCGUGGUCGUCACAAUUAUUUGUAACAUGCAGUCCGUUCACCUUGACGGCAUUGCCUUAAAAAUUGCUAAGGAAUUUGAAAAGGACAGGUUAGCACAACGCUCUGAUCAACGGUUGGAGAGGAAAUAUGGAAGCUUGAAUGAUUACAAGCCUCUGUAGCCCAGGCGGCCUGCCCCUCCCUCCCCCCCCUCUCGCUCUUUAAGUGGCUAGUGCAGCAUUAGGUCUGAUCGCUGGUGGGAUAAGCAGUCCUUCAUUAAGGGGGCAGGAACGGACAGUUUUUCUGAUUCAAGUAACCAAGUACAUGUGCCAAUCGGACUGUGUGCCUCCCCUUCUGCAAAUUAUGAAGCACGGUGUGGAUGCUUGGAAACCUCUUUGCUCUCUUAGCUAAAAGGCAGAGAGUCUUCGCUUUCAAAAUGGGAAUGGGGAGUUUUGUACUGCAGUGAAGAAGUUUUGCUCUUGGAGAAUUGCAGUCCUGAACAGAGAGGUGAUCUCAUCUGGCAAGGUUUGGAGCUCCAGGGGCCUUUGCAAGGGUGAUCCCACCUGGAAGACAUCUUCAACCAAACAGUGAAUAAAGCUGCUUCCCCUCACGGCUAAGGCACUCGCUGAUGGAGGCCGCUCCAGCAAUAUGCAGAAUCGAUGCAGAAAACCACACUGCCAACUCCAUGGAAUCGGCUGUCCGAGGUAACUUCAAGCCUCAGAGCAGGUGCCGGCAUUAGAAUUCUGCUUGGCGGGUUACUAUUUUUUUAAUAACUUGCUGCCAGCUUAGGCAACAGAUUGUGACCAUCUAAUAUUGGGUUCCCUUUUCUCAAAAACAGACAAUAAAAACAAGUGUUUUAAAAAAUUUCCGGGCUGUUUACAAAGGCUGCAAUUUUAUAUGUGUCAAGCUCUGCUAAGGGGACUGUUGAGCAGACAGGUAAAUGCAAGUUAAAGACCU